GAAUCCAGAAUUGACACCAACCUAACUAGCACGAUUCCUGACCCGAAUCCUGAAACGAGCAAAUAACAGCGGCUGAGUUCCCUAACAAUUGGGCAUUUGAUUGAAAACGGAUCCACCUCGAAAGGACACUGGGUCAUGAUUUAGGCACGUCAGAAAAUAUAUGUCAGGUUCAGGCAGGCUGCUAAUAAAUUCACAUACAGAUACAAACAGAGUACCUUUUCAAGUCACCCGUACAAUCCAAUUCAACAUAUCGUUAUUCAUUAGAUCCGCCGCAGGUUUCAUUAACGAUGAUACACACACUUCGUUAAUUAAAAUGCCUUGUUGUCUCCUUCACUUACUGUCUCACGCUUGUAAUUCCUCAAUUCCUUUUUUCUAUAGCCAUGUCAAGAUUACUGGCAUUCAGCAAUUUUAGGAGGGCUGCGUACUCCCUGCUCCAAACUCCAAAGGCGAGCAGCUCUCAUUUGUACAAUUGUGGGACCCCUUGUGCAUAUGGGGUACCAUAUUCACUGUCUAGAUUGUACUCUCGGUAUAAAGUAUCAAACAGGAGACUUAUCUAUUGCAUUUCAUGUGAAGUAAAAGCAACUUUGCAGAACCCCGGAGGUCGGAGAAACAUUUAUUUUUUAGCAAGCAACAAAAUAUCAUCUCAUGCUCAAAUUGCUUGGAAAAGGCUCUUUCACAUCUGUUCAUACACAGGGCCAAUUUUACCUCCAAUAAGUAGAAUUGCUUGUGCAGUGAGUCUUGCUUUGACCCGUUCACACUUGGUGGCACCUGGUGUUCUUGCCUUAAUCUUUAGGGAACUGACAUGUUCAGAGAGAAUAUGGGCAGAAGCAGAGGGUUUUCCCUCAAAGGAUUCACUGUACAUGCAUGCACAAGAUGGGCAUGUUUACUUGACUUCUUUUGUUUUCUCACUUUUUGAAGGUUUAAUAAUGUUUUUUAGAGCAAUAUAUUUAACGGUACUAUUUUCACCUUGCAUUGCUAUGGCUCCAUUUGCGGAUUCUUUUGGCAUUGAGUUCAGGAAGAAAUGGCUCCGUCUUGUUCAUUUAACACUAGAAAAGGCAGGCCCUGCAUUUAUUAAAUGGGGUCAGUGGGCAGCAACAAGGCCAGAUCUUUUUCCCAAUGAUAUGUGCACUGAGCUUGCUGAACUUCAAACCAAUGCUCCAGCGCAUGGUUAUGAUUACACGAAAAGAACUAUUGAAAGGGCAUUUGGACGCAAGAUUCCUGAAAUUUUUGAGAAGUUUGAAGAACAACCUAUCGCAUCUGGUAGUAUUGCUCAGGUUCAUCGGGCUAUUUUGAAAUUCAGAUACCCCGGGCAACGUAGUAGGCCUAUUCUUGUUGCUGUAAAGGUCAGACAUCCUGGAGUAGGGGAAGCAAUUAGAAGGGAUUUUAUGUUAAUUAAUUUCUUUGUGAAAUUUUCAAAAGUCAUCCCUACUUUAAAAUGGUUGAGACUGGAUGAGAGUAUGCAACAAUUUGCUGUGUUCAUGAUGAGUCAAGUUGAUCUCGCGAGGGAAGCAGCUAAUUUGAGUCGUUUCGCUUACAAUUUUCGCAGAUGGAAGGAUGUUUCAUUUCCCAAGCCUCUGUACCCCUUGGUUCAUCCAGCUGUCUUAGUGGAAACUUAUGAACACGGUGACAAUAUUCUGCAUUAUGUAGAUGAGGUUGAUGGACAAGAACCUGUUAAAAGUGGUCUCGCCCAUAUAGGGACUCAUGUCCUUCUCAAGAUGCUUCUGGUUGACAAUUUUAUCCAUGCGGACAUGCAUCCAGGAAAUAUUCUUGUAAGAGUUAAUCAGAAAAAAGCUCCAUCUAAAGGGUUGUUCAAAUCUAGGCCCCAUGUCGUUUUUCUUGAUGUUGGGAUGACUGCUGAACUUUCAAAGACAGAUCGAGUGAAUCUCUUAGAGUUCUUUAAGGCUGUUGCUCUAAGGGAUGGACGCACUGCUGCUGAAAGAACUCUUAGAUUAUCCAAACAGCAAAAUUGCCCAAACCCAGCAGCUUUUAUAAAGGAGGUGGAGAGUUCUUUUCGACUGUGGGGUUCUGCAGAAGGUGAUCUAAUUCAUCCAGCUGAUUGCAUGCAUGAGUUGCUUGAGCAAGUUAGGCGCCACAAAGUUAACAUUGAUGGCAAUGUAACCACGGUGAUGGUGACCACCUUGGUUUUGGAGGGAUGGCAAAGAAAACUUGAUCCGGAAUAUGAUGUGAUGCAUACAUUGCAAACAAUGCUUUUUAAAGUUGACUGGGCUGAGUCUCUCAUCUACACUAUUGAAGGACUAAUGGCCCCCUAAAAGGUGCCCCAGAUUAUCAUUCACUACAAAUUUUGAUAAACUAGUUCAAUACCUGUAUUUCUUACGUUGGAGUAAAAUAUUUUUCAUCUGAAAAUAGAAUAAGAGGUGGCAUUCAUACUCUACACAUUGUGGUGAUAAAGUUAUCUGCCAUGUACAAUUCUACACUUCUACUGACAAACUUGUAGCGAAAGAUUUUUGAUAAUGAUGAAAGUUAGUACAAAAAGAUUGUAACU